CCCAUCCCGUUAAAAACACCCGCAAACAAAAACGCCGUUUUUGUGGUCCCAGGGCGCUCCUGUUGUCACCACAAUUCACCACCCACCCCCCAUGCAACCACAAAAACGACUUUUUAGUUUCCGCUUGUUAUAACCUGAAUCUGGUGCGGAUAAUUCAGAUUAUAAUGAAAAGUUCUUAUAUUACCUCGUUCAAACACUUUACUUUUACUCAUCAUGUGUAAAAAUGAAAAAGAACUAUAACAAUCUUUUCACAUGCACUAUUUACUCAUUUUUUUUCUCGUUUCAGUUUCUUGCGUGGAUAUACAUACACAGAAAAUAAAAGACAGAUCUUCGACGUGUGAUUUUCUGUGGUGAUGAAAUAUGUCACAAAUAUCAUAUGCUAGAAUUUUAGUUCUUCUAGCUAUUGUUAUCGGUCUUCUAUGUAGUCUACAAUUGUUUUACGAUGUAUCAAUUACCAGUGUCUUCUCUAAAGUAUCAUACGAUAUUGUUCGUUCAUUCAGCCCUCUUAAUUGUCAACUAUCAUUGUAUGAAAGUGAUCAAUAUUUUUGUGAAUCUGAUACAGAUUGGAAUAAACGAAAAAGAGUUUAUAAUAUGCAAAAUAAACGUAAUUUACUAAAAAUGGAACAUUCUAUAUUUUUUUGUAACAAAUUGGGAAUCUAAUUUCCAGUGUACAUUUGAACGUCGAUUAGGAAACAUUGGAGAUGGUGGCAAAUGGGUAUAAUCUUAAAAAAACGAAAAAGGAGGAUAAAUUUUUCUAGUUUUUUUUUCUCCGUUUAGGUCUGUGACCCAUUUCGUUUAGAGAACAAAAAAUCAUGUUUAGUUUAUAGUGCAGAUAGUGACGGUGACUUUUCAUUUGAAGAAGAUUUGAAAUUAUUGGCACCUAAUUGUGAAAUUUAUACGUUUGAUUACAGUUUAUAUAAAUGUCCAAUAAAUAUUUGUACUUAUCAUCAAGCUCUAAUUGGAAAGGAAAUUUAUGGAACAAAAACAAUUGCCAUGUUAAUGAAAGAGUUAAAUCAUCAAGAACGUGAAUUAGAUAUUUUAAAAAUGGAUAUUGAAGGAGAUGAAUAUUCGCUUUUUGAGCAUAUGUUUAAUCCAAAUAGUACAAAUAAAGUCUAUCCUCGUCAAAUAUUAUUUGAAAUUCAUAUUGAUCAAAGAGAGACUAAUAUUACUCAUCAACUAUUUGAUUACUUAAGAAUAAACAAUUCAUUUAUUACCUAA